AUGAUGGCGAUCAUCGGCAUGUUCUUCCAGGAUGGCUUGACCGGCUCUGCAUGGGGCGACUGGGCGCUCUACACGGGCUCUCCGUUGCGUGCGUUCGAGAGCGAGCUUGGCGUGCAGGACCCGGUGGGCUUCUGGGACCCCGCUGGCUUCACGGCGGAUGGUAGCACGGAGAAUUUCGCCCGCCGGCGCCAGACGGAGCUGAAGCACGGCCGCGUUUCCAUGUUGGCGACCAUGGGCUACAUCACCCCGGAGAUCACCGGCAAGCUGCCAGGGUACCUGUCGCCGUCCGCGGGCCUGAAGUUUGCGGACAUCCCGAACGGUCUCGGUGCGAUCUCCAAGGUUCCCGCGGCGGGCUGGGCGCAGAUCGUGGCGUACGGCGCGUUCUGCGAGCUGUCCCAGGACCAGUCCGCAGGCACCGCUGCCGCGGCGGGUGACUUCGGCUUCAAGGUGCUGACGGGCCUGGCGGACCCGCAACUUCAGCGCGACCUCGCCGCCCGCCUGCCCGUCUCCAAUCCGGUUCAUUCCACCCGCAUCCACGGCGCCAACUUGCGCGGGCUCCGCGAACCGGGCGUGUCCGAGCUCGCCGCGGCGGCGAAGACCGCGGCUGAGUCCCGGGGCGGCGGGCCGGAGGUGCAGGCGUGCGCGAAGCGCCCCGACGCCGGGGGGGGCCCCCGGCCAGCCGCUCUGGCGCUAGCCCUGAACGACUGCUUCGCGGUGAUGAGCCAUCCCGCCGCGGAGUCCGCGGAGAUGUGCCGAGAGGUCGGGCGCCCGGGCGCCGCGCCCGGUAGCGCUGGUGGUUCGCCGCAGGCCGGCGGCCGCUGGGGGGGUGGCCGCGGCGCCGCCUCCGCCGCCGCCGCCGGCAGCUGGCGGCCGGCCGCCGAGCGCGCGAUGGCAGAGCUCUCCGAGCGCGUGGACAUGUUGCAGCGUGCCCAGGCUCGUCAUGCCGCGCAGAUAGACGAUUUGAGCAAGCACAGGAGCGUGGUGGUGGUGGGGCCCCGCAACUUGAAAGCGUCGUGUCACCAGAACACCGCCGCCGGCAAGACCCGUUGGGGGGAGUUCAAGAAGAACUUGGCCAGCGCUCUCAUCUCGGAGCUCGCGGAGCAGUGCGGGUACUUGCCGGACCUCGCGGGCUCGCGCCUGGACAUGCCCCCGGAGUUGCGGACCGUGAUGCCGCGCCUGGUGAGCCUCCGCGACGAGCUGUCCAAACUCGGGGCGGUCCAAAACGUCCAGGCUAACAGCAACGUGCAAAACGGCGCGAGGGUCCCGAACGGAGACUUUGUCCUCCGGCUCAAGUUUCCCAAGCCCUCCCAGCGCGUCGUGGAGCUUGUGGAGGAGUUGGACAGGGGCUGGUCGGCGCGGAAGAGUAGGGUCACCGUAGGAGAUAGCGCGCUGGGGCCGGUGUUCCCCACGUACUCCUGCCACAGGAUCACCUGUCUCGGGAGCAUGGACAAGGGCGCGGGCACGCGGGGGCCCGCGACCAGUGCGCGGGGCUGCGCGGGCAACCCGGCCAGGGGCAAGCGCGACCGUUUGCCCAGAGACAGAAACGCCUGGGACAUCCGUCGGCGGCGAUCGUUAGCCAUGGGCUCCGCGUGGGCAGCUGUCAGUUCACUCAUGCGCUUCCGUCGGGCGCAACGCGGAUUCGAACCACCCAACGAGGUGUCGGCGGACAUCAAAGCGGGAGAGCCUGUCACGGUGACGUACGGUGAGCACUCCAACUCGCACUUCGCCCUGUACUACGGCUUCGUGCCAGAAGCCAAUCCGCACGAUGCCGGGCUGGUGAGCCUGUCUGACAUCAUCGCGCAUCUUCCUGCUUCUGUUGCUGCGGAGCCCUCAGGCGGGUGGCAGCAGACCCUGCGGGCCUUGGAGGCCAGCGGUGCACAGACUACGUCUCUGCUCAUCCCAGUCUCCAGAAGCUCUCGUGGAGUCCCUGAGCGCGCUCUUCGCGGGUGUGAAGGAGACCCCCCGAUGGGCGACCUGGAGCGGGCCGUCCGGGCCAUUGCCUCCGCCUGCGAGGCGGAGGAGCCCGACAAGGAGGACCGACGCCCCCAGCGACGCCUCCGCCGCCGCGCUCGCGGGCGUUUCCGCCGGCGUGGCCCUGCUCUGGCGGCUGCGGCGCGGCCGGAGACGCCUGCUGCGAGAGCUGGGCCGCGGCAUGCGGCUCGUGUCGGAGGAGUUCGCCGUGGACCCCGCCGCGGCGCGCGACCGGCUGGAGGACCUGCGGCGGAAGCCCUUGAUCUACCCCGGGAUGCAGACGCUGUCCAGUGGUGA